GAAAUAAAACGGAAACUGGCUAGUCCACGAAACAGAAAAAGGCAGCGAGAGGUGAUGCUCGGAGGAACUAAAAACCAGAUAAUAUAACAAGAACUGUACGAAACGGCGUUGGGUUGCAUUUUUAAAAACGGUGCAGUCGACGGAAGGUCUCCAGAAAUGUCCGCCCAAGCUCAAAUGAGAGCUUUGCUCGACCAGCUGAUGGGAACAGCGAGGGACGGUGAGUUACUGUAACAGGCUAGCUGUGCUAGCUAGUGAGCCAAGAUGGCGCCUCUGCUGAAGCUGGCUGUGAUGGUGUGUGAUGGACAGAGCUGCAUGGAUGGAUGGACUGCAGAGGGCUGUUACAUUGUUAGUUACAUGUAGAGUUUACGAGUACACGUUCAAUAUUAAUGUUUGUAUCCAUUCAGGGCAAACUGAACAUGAAAAAGGGCGACUUGUUUGUUUCGGCUUCAAGAAAUUUAGCGCAGUCUUUCUAACAAUCAGCUAAGUGAGCUAAUGUUUGCUAUGAAGCAGCGGACCCAGCAUCUGGUAAUACACAUUUUUGGUAUAAUCCAAAGUAACGCAACUCUAGAGAUAAUGACAACACUUGUUGGAGACAUUUGUAGUUGUUAGUAUUGGUGCAUUUUUAGAGCUCACCAGGGCCUGACGUAACAUCAGGCCUAAUAGUGCAUGAUCAUUACCCCCACCCCCCACCCCCCAAAAAAAACAAACCUUUAAUAUUUAAGAUGUUAAAAUAUCACUCAAGUAAUACUUCGCAGACAUAUCCACACGUUUUGAAGUAUCAAGAUAAUGUUGUAAAUUACUUUAAAUGACACAGGAUGUCAGCAUCAACUGAGAGGACAGUAAAUAAGGGAGUAAAAACAACUUUUAUUGAUAUAACUUAGCUGAAUGAUUUACCCUAAUCUAAGUUAUCACUCUGAUGUAAGUGUAGAUAGUUGAAAUCUCCUCAUUUGUGUUGUUACUAGGGUUGGGCGAUAAUACAAUAACAAUAUAUAUCAAAAAUUAAUUUCCUUCAAUAUUGAUCUAACACAUGGUCAAUGUCCUUUUUCGAUAGCCUGCAUUCUGCCAUGUUUUUGUAGACUAUAUGAAUAGUAAGGGUGGGAAUCUUUUACUGUCUCACGAUUCGAUUUAAAGUCGAUCUUCGAUUCAAAAGGAUUUUAUUCAUAAUGAUUUCUGACCUGAUUUCUAAUCGUGAUCUACUUCCAUCUGCUGUGCAAAACAGAAAGACAAAUGAAGACAUUAAAGUGUCUUUUUCACAUUUAUUUAGCUCUAAGCAUUUAUCUAUGCUUAGAUGGAAUUUUUAAAAGCAAUACUACAUACUGCUUCAGUAACAAAACUAAAAGUACCUCUUUAUAUAAUGAAUAGUUUAUAUAACAAGUAUAUAUAGCUUAGUAUUAUAUAGUUUAUAUAAAAAAUUGCUUCGUGAAGCUCUGCAGCUGGCGGCUGAGUCUGCUCCAUGUCUCUUAUCUCCAGUCGAUGCCUCGUAACGUGAGCCCGCACAUUUGUCCUGUUGCCGAAAUGCUUGAUUCUAGUUUUACAAUGUCGGCACACUGUGUGCGUCAUGUCCAGCUCAGUGUGUCCGGGCAUUUGGUAAAAUCCGAAAUGACGCUAAACUUUAGCUUUUAGUGAAGACAGGGCCAGCUGGAUCUCCUUUUCCUCCAUCAUUGUAUUUUCCUUUGUUUUGGUGCCUUCUGUGCAUGUGUGCGUUCCAGAACCGGCUGUGGGAUGACGUCAGGACGUCCAGCGUAGUUCCAAAAUGGAGGUGGACAGGCAGCGGAUAUUUAAUCUUUUAAAAUUGAUUUUGGGACGUUUUAAUUAGAUUUUGAAUCGUAGUAAAUUAAAAUGGUGAUUCUUGUGUGAAUCGAUUUUUUUUGGCGCGCCCCUAAUGAAUAGCCAAUGAAAAGGGGAGUUGCUCCAGGUCCGCUUAUGCUAAACCAAUCAUGUGCUCAAUUAGAACCAAGUAGCAAACAACUGCGUAGUAGAAGGCCACAGCUACAUGCAACCAUAGCACUUUAACAUGUGAAGCCGACGCUAACCCCCUCAGAGAUGCAGAUGAAGGCUCAACAGAUGAUGACAUUGUCGACAACACUGACACGUAAACAUUAGUGGUGUGGAGAUAUUUUGGUUUUUUGAGGUCGGACAUGAAGCAAAGUAAUGUGCACUGCAAAUUAUGUGGAGUACAUGUUUUCACAAAGUCAGGGAAUUUUUAUAUCGUGAUAUAUAUCAGUACUGACUGAUAUGAAUCGUGAUAAACUUUUUCCCAUAUCGCCCAGCCCUAAUUGUUUUUAUUGUUUGCAGAAGGGAGCCAUCAGUUUAAAUGACUUUCUAAUGCCCUUUGGAUACAGACAUUAGAGGUGAAAAUAGCUGUUUAGUCUGACAUUCAUGGGUAGUAAAAUGCAACUAACUGCUGCCCUGCCAUUAAUAAUUAAAUCACAGUUUCAACUUGACCAUGAUAAUAUCAGCAGCCCUGUUGAUCAUCCGUACUAAGUUGAUAAUUCGACUUGUGCAGCGAGAGUGAAUUUGUGUGUGAGUUUGUGGGUGUAAGUGUGAUGAGACUGUUAUCAAAUUCUUCCCAUACAUGUGUUGCAUACAAACUGAACAAUUGUGGCCCCUUUAUUUUAUUCAUUAAGGUUCAGUGUAUCUUUGCCAGCCCACAACAAUCUGCAAAGGAGUUGCAGAAAAGCCUCAUGUUCAUCGAGCCGUGAGUCACACAUAAUUUUUAAAGCUGUUAUGAUGAAUAUCCAAACAAUUUGUUUGCCUUCCGGAAGUUACUGUAGCCUUUUUUAACACACAAAUGGGUAAACAUUAAGGCACUAGCAUUAAAAUUUGGAGUAGUUUUAAGCAGCUUGAGUUAGACGUCUGGUCGCGCUGAAUCCAUCGAGCAAAUUUUUCCAUUAGUGGCUGUUUUCAGAAGGCAAUUUUUAUAGUCAUCGAAAGAAAAAAAAAACUUUGCACACAUCAUUUACAAUCUGACUUGUGUAUGACUCCCAACUUCUUACUACAGGUAUGGGCAAGAAAACUGUUCCCAUUUAUACUUUUCUACAGCGGGUUUAAAAUUCUGCAGCUGAGGUCUUGAAGAUUCAGAAGGGUACAGUAUGUGGUGCAGAUCGCAGUGUGUAUAAACUAUAUUUUCUCCUUGGAUUUCUUUUUUCUUUUUUUUUUUUUUUUCUUUUUUUUCUUGUCAGUGUUUUAUGCAUUUUUAAAAGGCUUGACUGGAAAAAAUGCCCGAAAUGUUCUUUCACAUUUGUAACAGUAAUAUUUGCUCCAUUGUAAAUCUUGUUGGAAUAAAAAAUAAAAAUCAGCUUGUGGUCAUUUAGGAAGUUAUUUCUUUGCCAGUUUUGUCCUCUUGUUUGAAAUCUUAAGUCUGCAUAACAGUGGACAGUUAGCCUCACCAUGAGUUAAGCUGAGAUGAGGCUCUAAAUUUACACACUUUUUAUUGAGACUUGGGAAAGGUAAGCACCCACCACAAUAUACAGUAUACUGUAUACAUGCAUUCACAUGUAAAUUUUACCUCUUUAUGUAUUUACACAUAAUGAACAUCCUCCAACAGAAGUGACUGAGUGAAGUGAAGAUAAAGAUGUUUAACUCGGACAAGCAGAAUAUGAGGAUCUGCUCAUAUAAGUGGGCACAAAUUGCUUUAGGCAAUUUAAGUGAUAAGAAUCUGCCCAUUAAAUGUAGCUGUUGUAGAAAUAUGUUAUAAUACACUGGAUAUUUCGCCCUUGCUUACAAAUAUGUAAGGUCUUUCUCACUGGUUGUUUUUUUGGACUGUUUCAGGUGAUGAGACGCGACAGAGGGUCAAGUUCACCGACGAGCGAGUCUGCAAAAGUCAUCUCCUUAACUGCUGUCCACAUGACAUCCUAUCUGGGACUGUAAGUGUUAUCUUAAAGCACCCAAGAAGUAUUAUUGCCAUGUAUUUCAAAGGACUUCAGAGCAAUUCUGAGUAGCAGAAGAACAAAACAUGUAAAUAAGAACUUGUCUCUUGUUUAUAUACAUUAAGAUUUUGAAUCCAUUUUUGUUUUCUAGCGCAUGGACCUUGGGGAGUGCACAAAGAUCCAUGACCUGGCUCUUCGGGCAGAUUAUGAAAUUGCGUCCAAAGAGAGAGAUCUGUUCUUUGAGCUUGAUGUAAGUGACAUCCGUAUUCACUGUUAAAUAACACAGAUUAAGUGGUGGCACUGUGCAAGAGUGGCUGACUUUGUUAUACACAGUUUUAUACUUGCUGUUGAUUUCAUAUCUGAAGUCAAGAGUUCAAACAGUCAGUGAUUUCUGUUUCAUUUGGCAUUUACACUUACCUUUCCAAAUCCAAACUCUUGUUCCUCCAUAUGGCAAACUGUCUCAUUGUAGUUGUUAAGAAUAUUUACAAAUGUACAAAUGCAUAUGUAGAUGAUGUCAAUGUAACAAGGAGUUUACAUGUGUCCAAAUGCAUGCAAAUUCACAGAGUAAAUAUUUGAGCCUUCCUCUGUCAACGAAUGUUUUCUGUCCUUCAGGCGGUGGAUCACCUGGAGUCAUUCAUUGCUGAUUGUGACCGAAGAACAGAGCUGGCAAAGAAGCGUUUGGCUGAGACCCAAGAAGAGAUCAGCGCUGAGGUGGCAGCAAAGGUGAGUGACGUAAACCCCUUAAACAACACAUUAUGAUUCGAAGUAAUCACAUUCACGCUCUGUCUACCAGGUUUCCUGCGGGGCGUUUAAAUCUCUUCAUGCUGUACUCAGUCAGUGUCAUACCAUAGCUAUACAAUAUAAUACAAUUAGUCUUCUAUGUGGUGUGUUGCAGGCAGAGAAAGUUCAUGAGCUGAAUGAAGAAAUAGGAAAGCUUCUGGCAAAGGCUGAGCAGCUUGGAGCCGAGGGCAACGUUGAUGAAGCCCAGAAGGUUCUGCAGGAAGUGGAGAAAGUGCGCACGAGGAAGAAGGAUGCCGAGGUAAGAAAGGGGAGCUGGGCAUGUAUUUCACAUAAGGGUGUGGUGAUGCUUUUCCUUCUAUGAAUAAUCAAGGUCCAUGUGCUGAUCUUCUCACCCUCAGGAAGAAUACAGAAACUCCAUGCCGGCCUCCAGCUUUCAGCAGCAGAAGCUUCGGGUGUGUGAGGUGUGCUCUGCUUACCUGGGUCUGCAUGACAACGACCGUCGGCUGGCUGAUCACUUUGGUGGAAAGCUUCACCUGGGCUUCAUCCAGAUCAGGGAGAAACUGGACCAACUCAAGGUGCAUGUCGGCUUUAUUCCCCAUGUAAACUAACAGGGCUACUGCUGCUUAAGCCCACCAUAAAUAGAUCAAGACACAGAAUAUAUAAUGUGAGAAAUAACCUUUUUUGUUUCUUCAAAGUUUGCAAAAACAUGGCUUUACAAUGGCUUUACCCCUAAAAGCUCACUUUGGUUUUAUUGUGAUCAGAAAACGAUGGUUGACAAGCAGGAGAAAAGAAACCAGGAGCGCCUGAAGAGACGAGAAGAGAGGGAAAAAGAAGAGAGGAUGAAGAAGAGGUAAAUGCACACAUUAACUGUCCAUGCUCAUUUCUUGAGGGUAGUUUUGUUUCCACUGAUCAGUCUAACUUUUUGGUUUCCAUUUGCUUCAUAGGACCAGAUCACGCAGUAGAGAGCAUAGAAGGUAGGAAAGCAGUUCUAUCCAUCUGCUUCACAAUCAGUUACUUUCUGUGGUGGAAAGAUCCCCUUUGAGUUAAAUAUAUCUCGCUUGUUGUCAUAUUUUUAUCAGGUCCCGUUCUCGUGACCGCAGAAGGAGGCGCUCUCGCUCCACAUCGCGCGACAAGCGCCGCUCACGCUCACGUUCCAGGGAGAGGAGGAGGAGGCACCGCAGCCGCUCCCGCUCCCGCAGUCGAGGACACCGUCACAGCCAUGAGCGGAGCUCCAAACACAAGUAAACAAAACACAACUAAGCUCGCACCUUCAACCGGAAGCUUCUCUUCCUUUGGGACAGUUAAAACCUUUUUGUUGUUCAAUCUCAGUGUUUGUAGUUUUGAAAGUGAAACACUCUCAUGUUUCAGCAGAUUCGGCUACUCAACAGUCCAGAGUCUCCUUUGUAAUUUUUGUAUUUUUUUAUUUCAUGAUGUGCUAAAUGUUUUCAAAUGUGAUGAGUUUGAAAACAUGAGCUGAGGCUGUUGAGACUUUAGAUUUGGGACUGUAGGCCACUUUAGCACCUGAACUCUUCUACUGUAGAGCAUUACUGUUAGAAUUCAUGCAGAAUGUAGUUUGGUAUCAACACACAGCAGAAGUUGUUUGUGAAUGCAGUAAUAAAACUGUUCAAAAUGGAGAGAACAAACUUCAGUUUGGAAAGUGUCAGAGAAUUUUUCAACUUUCACUUUUUUUCCUGUCUCUCUUCAGAUGUCCUAUGGAGUAAUGGAAAAAAAAUUACCCUGUAGCCAACAUAAAAUGAGCAUGUUUUUUUAUAUAUAUAUUUCUGUUGCCACUCUUGUGAAGUUGUCCUUCCACUGUUUUAAAAUCGUUUAAAAAUAAGAUUUGAUAGAAGCGAGCAGUUUACACAUACCACCACCAUUUCUCCUUAUAUCUUCUUUGCCCUUGACAUUUUGUACACUUUUGUCACUCAGGUCGUCCAGGGACCGAGAGCGCUCCUCCAGAGACAGGUCAAGGGAGCGAGACAGACGGGAUGGCAUGAACGGCAGGUCGGACUCCCGCCGGGCAGAGGACAGGGACAUGGGGGACCUCUGAAGACCAAACUUCCAUAAGUCACUACACACACACCCCCUCCUGUCUCUCACUCUCACCUGUCUGUCCAUUUCUAAUGACCCUGAUGUCACACACUCCUCGGCUUGACUCCUCUGUUCUCCAGCCUGCCUCCUUUUUUGCGUGAGAGUGUACACAAAUCUGAAAUAUUCUAUGGAUUACAAUUCUUAGCAUCCAGUUAACCAAAUUGAAGUUGAUAUGGGAAGUUGGUUAGUUAUUGAUUUGUAGUGGAGUGUUUUGUAAAAUCCAAAUCUGUAAUUUGGUGGCAGGUUGUAUCCAAUACAUCAUCCUGAAAAUGAUCCCAGCGGAAGAGGUAAACAAACUAAAGAUCUGCUGGACCAAAAUAAAACCGAUCCACUAUCUUUUGUUUCUCAUGAUGGCAGGUUCUCAUAUAGGCAGAACCUAUAUGUAAAUAUGAUUUGGGCGUACUGAUUGUUACAGUCUGAAAACCCUCGUCCUGUCAAGAAGUUUGUAUUGUUACCUCCUUCUGAAGAUUUUUUUUAAUUUUAAAUCACCAGCUCUAAAAGUUUUUGAAUGUCUGUCCAUUUACUUUUAGUUUGAUGAAGCCAAGUUGAAGUCAUAGGAACCCAAUUCAAAACCAAACGGUUUAAAGUUGUGAUCAUUAGUAUGUUUUCAGUUGUUUUAUUUUUUCCUUUGAGUUUGAUUAUAUACUGUUGGUAGUCAAGGGAAUGUGUCACAUAAAGAGUUUGGCCAGUGGAGUUAAUGUUUGGUUUUGAAGUUUUCACUCGCAUAAUGUUUUUUUUUUUUUGGAUUCAAACAGAAUGACAAUAAUGACUUCGAGUGUCAGCAUGAAAAGAUGAAGGUACAAAAAUAAAACAUCUGAAAUUCAAAGUUAAAAUUGUAUAUAUGUUUUUUAUUAGUCAAGUUCAUCAGUUAAAUAUUUGCCCCGUUUGGACAGAUUCCUCUGUGAAUAAAUCUGUUAUUGCAAUCAGAUUUUAAUGGAUGCAUCGCUUUGCCUCAUGUGUGCAGUCAUUCUGUCUAUGUUUGCCCGAAAAAUCUUUCUUUCAAGUCUCUAUUAAAAAAUCCCACCAUUUUAA